UCAAGGUAUCCGCGCCAACUUUGGGAUGGGUCGGAAUUGGAUUUUCAGAGACAAAAACGAUGCAAAAAGCAGAUCUCAUCAUAAUGGGCAUAAAGGAUGAAAAACCGUACGCCUGGGAUGCAUACUCUGAAAUGACGGGAAUGGUGCGAAUAGAUUUCAAUCAAGAUGUGACAAUACUUGACAGCGCUGAAAAUGGAAUAACCUACAUGAAAAUUAAACGACCACUCAAAUCUAAAGAAACAACAAAAGACAACGAUAUAUUUAAAGGAGACAAUAACUUUCUUUGGGCUUUUGGUGAUAAAGACAAAACAGAAGAAAUAUUAUGUGAAGAUUAUCAUUGGACGAACAGAGGUUGUCGAUUAUUGAACACUCUUGGAAUAAAACCAGAAACGGAUGGUAAAAACGCGUCACGUUUGACAGCAACCACGCCCGCUACUACGCCACCAACCAUCCCCGUAUCGAAAGCAAUUAUAGAUGAAGUGCAUCUUGGUGUGAUCGAUGAAAAUUUUCCUUAUAGUGUUUGGCUUGAUGCAGAAGAAACUGUGCAACUAAAAUGGAAUUUUGACGAGGAGAAUAUAUCAUUGCAAUUUAUUGCUCCUACAACGGGUUGGAUAGAAAUAGGUUUCUCGCAGACAUCUUCUAUGUCCGGAUUUAAUUAUCGCAGGAAAGUUGAACAGCGAAACCUACGUAUUGAACUGUCACUCGGAUAAAAAUGGCAUACCUGAUGUUGACGAACAGCAGGAUGUUAAAUUGCUUGAAAGUUGGGAGAAUGGAACACACACCAUGGCAACCGUUAUCAGGAAACGAGUCACGUGUGAUAAUGAUGACAAGAACAUAUGUGAAGGAACUUAUCGAGUAAUUUGGGCGUAUGGUGGAAACGAUAUUGUUAGAAUGCAGCCAGGCCAGUCUAAUUAUCAUAUGAGAAACAGAG